GCAAAUCAUAUAGGAAAUCACAGAGAUUCAGUUUCGAUUUUGUUCUUGCGAUAUAUGAGCUUCAAAUCACCAUAAUCUUUUGCUUCUUUCCCCGGCAAGCUUGCGGAUUCAGCUGUGUGGGAGAGAUGGCGAGGAACGGGGUGUUUUCACGGUGGCGGAGGGCUGAGGGGCUUGCCGGAUUGUCGCUGCCCUCAGAAUCUCACGACGUUCAUGUCCUCGCCGUCGAUGAUAGCCUCGUCGACAAGAAAGUAAUCGAGAAAUUGCUCAAAAUUACAUCCUGCAAAGUGACAGCAGUGGAUAGUGGGAGUAGAGCUCUGCAAUUCUUAGGAUUGGACAAGGAAGAGAGUUCUGUUGGGUUUGAUGUAAGUGAAUUCCAUAAAUUUGUUGAUUUUUAUUUUUUUUCUCUUUCAUAAUGUAGAAUAUUUAUGG